UUGAAGAAAAUAUGUAAACAAGUGCAUAUUUUUGUUAAAAAUUUUGUUUUAAUUACUUGAAAAUGUCUACAAACGUUCAUGUUGUUGACGGAGAAGCUUCAGAAUCCGAUUCCGAAAUAGAAAUCGGCAGAUCACCGGAUCUAGAAACGUCUAAUUCUAAAUCAUUUGUGAUACCUGGAGAGGCACCUGAAUCUGAUGAUGAGGGUAAAUUGGAAAUCCCAACACUAACGGAGCCAGACCUGCCUCUCCACAGCGUUGUACAAAGGCAGCAGACCCCCACACAGUCCAACAUAUACAACUCUUUGCUGCAUCAAAAACUAUGGGAGUGCAAUGUAUCAUUUCGCGCGACUCUUGAGGGUCUGAUUAAGCAUACUACUGAAAUAUCUGUGGAAAAGCUAACGAGAGCCGAUAAAACGCUAUUAAAUGUACAGGAAAGCAUGCGCGCGACAAAUGCCAAUCUUACGUUAGCGAGAGCUCGCCUGAAGCAAUUACAAGCGGAAUUGGAGAAAUCGAACUGUAGUGCGGCCUUACCUACUAUUAAAAUUAAAUAAAUAAAUAAAUGCGGACAACAUCACAUACGUUGUUCUGAACCCAAAGUAAGUUGC